AACGGAAACGAGCGCGCUUAAAAACUCGCGGAGGCUGCCCGCCCGCCCGCCGCCACAGCUCGCGCGCCGGCGGCCCACGAGCGUCGCAAUGGAGGACGUGGAGAACACGUCGCCCAAGUCCGCCAAGUCCGGCGACGGCGCGCCGAAGCGGGAGAAGGGCUGGAGCGCCAUCAAUAAGGUCAACAAGGAGCUCAAGGAGAAGAAGCGCGAGAACGAGAAGCUCCAGGCGCGCGUGGUGGAGAUCAGCGGCGCCAUGGACGGCCUGCGCCAGCAGCUCUGGGAGCUCGAGCUCGUCAACGCCGAGGCCGCCGCGCGCGUCGAGGAGCUCGAGGACGCCGCGACGGCGCGCGACGCGAAGUCGUCCGAGGCCGAGGACCAGCUGCUCGACGCCGGCGCCGCGGAGGUCGCCGCGGCCGUCGCCGACGAGCGCGCGCGCGCGGCCGUCGAGCGCCGCGCGCUCGAGGCGGCGCACCUCGCGGCCGUCGCCGAGCUCGAGGCGGCGCGUCUCGCGGCCGUCGCCGAGCUCGAAGCCGCCGCGGCCGCGGACGCCGAGGCCCACGCGGCGACCAAGGCGGAGCUCGUCCAGGCGCGGCGCGCGGCCGCCGACGGCACCGCCGAGGCGCGGGCGGCGACGAAGCGUUCGACCGCCGCGGAGGCGCGCGCCGCCGCCGCCGAGGCGGAGCUCGACGGGCUGCGGACGUCGCCGCCGCCCCGCUGCGUCUCCGUCGAACCGGAGUCGCCGGACAAGGACGGCCUCCUGGAGCGCCUCGAAGGCGAGUGCGCGCGCCGCGCCGCGGAGCUCCAGCGGCGCGCCGCCGAACUGCAGGACGCGCGCAAGGCCACGCUCGACAGCAACUGGCGCGCGACGCAGCUCGAGGCGGAGCUGAAGACGCUCCGCGAGACCAAGGACGCGACGAAGAAGCGGCUCUCCGUCCUCGACGCGCAGACGCAGCAGGCGCGCCUCGCCGCCGAGGAGUCGCGCGUCGCGCUGCUCCGGGGGACGCUCGCGCGCUACCUCGCGGCGCCGUCCGACGACCUCGCGCGCACCCUCGCGGCCCUCCUCGACGUCGUGUUCGUCGCGUCGUACUGGGACACGCCGUCGACGGACGUGCCCAUCUCCUCUUAUAUGGAGCACAUCAUGUGGUUCCUCGUCGCUGGCUUGCUCGUCGUCGGCCUCGCGGCCCGCUUCGGCCUCCGGCGCAUCCAGUACCUGAACCCCAAGGAACAGCUGCUCGUGAAGCUGCUCACCUCGAAGAUCGUCGUCAACGGUCCCGCCGUCUACUUCCCGCCCCUGUUCAAGACGCUCUCCUACAAGAAGCGCCCCGCGCUCACGCUCGCGACGGCGCAGCACUGCGUCGUCACCGAGGAGCGCACGGGCGAGCAGCGCGUCGUCGAGGGCCCCUGCGCGCUCUUCCUCGGGCCCUACGAGGCCGCGGCCGCGGCGACGGAGUCGCGGUCGCUCUCCGAGGCCGAGGGCGUCGUCGUGCUCGACCGCGCGUCCGGGACGCGCGAGCUCCUCGCGGGCCCGCUCGUCUACGCGCCGCGGACGGCCCACGAGGUGCUCGAGCGCCACGUCGCCGCGACGACGCUAAAGGCCUCGGAGUACGUCCGCGUCCAGGACGCCCGCACGGGCAAAGUGCGCGUCGUCGCCGGCGAGUGCCGCUUCUUCUUGGAGCCGCACGAGGCGCUGGUAGGGAAGAUCGCAAACGCCUGGACCCUCGGCGCGAACGACUACGUGCGGCUCCGCGAUGGCGCGUCCGGCUCCGUGCGCGUCGUCCGCGGUCCCGGCGUCUGUGUCCCGAAGGCGACGGAGGACGCCGUCGACGGGCCCGAGCCGCUCGCCGCCGUCGCGCUCAAGGCCUGGGAGUACAGCGUCAUCCAGGCGCCGGACGGCGCGCGGCGCGUCGAGCGGGGGCCGGCGCUGAUCCGCCUCGGCCCCGAGGACGUCUUCCUCUCCGCGCGCAAGACCGGCGCGACGGUCGACGCUUUGCACGCGGCGCUCGUGCGCGACCGGUCCACGGGCGCGGAGCGGCUCGUGACCUGCGAGCGCGACGCGAGCUUCGUCUUCGUGCCGAAGGCGGGCGAAGAGAUCGUCGAGGUGCGGGACCUCGUGCGCCUCGCGGAGCACGAGGCCGUGAUCCUGCGGGACGGCUCCGGCAAAUUCCAUUACCGCUACGGCAAGACGCCCGACGGCUGCUUCUUCGUGCCCCCGACCUGGGAGAUCGUGUCGCUGAAGUGGUCGCGGGGCCGGCGCCGCGAGACGCGCGACCUCGUCAUCUCCGUCUUCGACUGCCGCCCGCAGUACAUGUCCUUCGAGUUCAACUGCCGCACGUCGGACAACGUCGAGCUCGUGCUCGAGGGGACCUUCUUCUGGGAGGUCGCGAGCAUUCCGAAGAUGCUCGAGUUCACCUCGGACGCCCCGGGAGACGUGUGCUCGCACGCGCGGUCGUCGUUCAUCGCGUUGAUCUCCAAGGUCACGCUCGCCGAGUUCAUGGCGUCCUUCAACGAUCUGGCCAAGCGCGCGUCCGACGGCGACGACGCCUUCUACCGGAACCGCGGCAUCGACGUCCACUCCUUGGAGGUCACGCGCUACGCGUGCGCGGACGCGUCGACGUCCGCGAUUCUAGCCCAGAUCAUCUCCGAGACGACGAACCGCAUGUGCCGCCUCUCGCAGCAGGACUCGGAGAACGAGAUCGCCCUCUCGAAGAUCGACGGCGCCGUGGCCCAGGAGAAGGGCAAGGCCGAGCUCAACGAGAUCCGGGAGGCGCGCGACGUCGCGGCCGCGCGGGCCGAGGGCGAAGCUGAGGCGCAGCGGCUCCUGUCGUUCCUCGAGACCCUCGACGGCCGCGUCACCGACGGCGAGGCCCUCUGGCGCGAACUGCGGCGCAAGGACGCCCUCGAGGCCGUCGCGAGCGGCUCGGCCCACGUCUACUUCACGCCGGACCAGGCCCAGCUCACCAUCGAGACGCGCGCGUGA